AUGCUGAGUAAAGUUGCAGAGAGGGGUGCUCAGAGUGCUAUCAAAUCGUUGCCUUCUGGUGUGUUUGGUACUCUACAGGGGACAGGCUUUGAAGCGGAUGUCACCAAGAUCAAUAUGGGAGAAGCAGCUGGGGUUGUUGGAGUGAAUAACCAUGAACAUGUGGAUGGUGAAGAUAACAACAACGAUAAAGUUGAGAGCAAAACUGAUGACAAAUUGCAGCCAAUGGAACAUGAUGACGUGGUGUACACACCUUUACAAAGUCCAGGCCCGUUUCUGGCUCCUAGUACCGGUGACAUAAAGCUGGAGCCACUAAGCCUUGGUCAGUUGAGUAGCACCAGCGAUGCGAAUUUACUCACUGGAUUCUCCAGUGCCUUGGUGGCUUUGGCUUUGAUGCAAAUCAGCACAUCCACAUUCAAUAAGGUUACUCCAUCCAUUACAGAGUAUACAAACUCUUCCAAAUUGUCACCACAAGUUCUAGAAUACCAGGAUUUAUCACCUUCAUCGAAAAGGGAAUUCUCUAGAAGAAAGAUAAUAGAAGAGAUCUUAGAGACGGAGGAGAGCUACAUAAGCUCCUUGAGAAUCCUUUCAGGGUUUUACCUUGCAAUGCUCAUAGAAAAAGGAAACAAUGGGGUUCCCUUGAGAUUGAUUCAUGAUUACGCUGACAUUUUGAUACAAUCGCAUGAAAGUUUCCGAGACCAACUACAACACUUGUACUCAUUGUCAUCGAGAAAUUCAUUCAUCGACUACUUUCCCAGUAUAAGUGAAGAAUUUGAUUCAAAGACAAAGAGCCUAUGCUCUCGCAGCUCACCAAUGAUGGCUGCUUUAGUUGCAGAAUUGAUAAGCAAGAGACUGAUAUCAGUUUAUAUCUACCAGGAGUACAAUAGCAUUUACGAUUUAGUCUUGAAGUUGAUGCAAUCGAAAGAGGAUGAUCCCGACAUUGGGAAAACCUUGACAAUGGGCUAUCAAAACUUCUUGGAAACAUCUGGAACCAUUGGAAUGAGAAUGGACUUAUCAUUUGUAUCUUUGAUAUCUAAACCAAUUUCAAGAAUUUCCAAGUACAAGUUAUUCUUGGAAACGUUGAAAAAGAUGACACCUAUUGAAGAUGACCAGAUGGCUCACAGAUCUAUCCAGGAUAGCAUUAUUCAAACAGAAUACUGUCUUAUGGAGGUCAAUCGAUAUGGAUUGCAAGAGAAGAACAUGGCAAAGAAAUUGUUUGAAAGUUUGGUAUUCCCUUCGAAUUUGCUUCAAUUCCCAGUGGAGUACUUGGGGUUCCCAGUGUUAAAAGGUGCAUUGUACAGUGCCUGGGUAGGGAAGGAUUCCCAAAUUCAGUGCCAGUUACUCGGUGUUUUCCUAUUUAAGACACAUUUAAUAUUGGCCAAUGUUGUUAGGCCAAGUAGAUACGAAGUCAAAUUCUUGAUACCACUAUCGGUUUCGAAGAUUGUCGAAUCAAACGAUGCUCAUGGUGGGAUUCAUACAAAUUAUGAAUACUGUUUCAAGCUCGUGUUUGAGCAUAAGUAUCAGUUGUUUGAGUUACUCUUACUAUCCACAGAUUCUCACGAGUCAACUGUUUGGAGGGAAAAGUUACAUAUCAUGACUGACUUCAUCAAUGGACCUUAUCAAUUUGAUUAUUCCUCAUCAAAGUUCAACGAAGAGCAAGGGACACAUUCGUCCUGUAUAAUCCCAUCUCCAUUUCGUGCUUUCGAUACUAAGCUUGAUAAGGUUAUGAGGCCAUUCAUAACGACAACAUCAACUGGCUCAAUAAGAAGACAUCUUCAUCGCCGGUAUUUAGAAUCAGAUUAUAGUAACAUUGGAGCCAAUGACAAUUGCUACUUCUGUCAGGUAUUUCCAAUUGAUGUUGAGCUCAUAUGUGAUGCAGUUAUUGACAAUGCACUGAAUUAUGCCAGUAAUAACUAUCCAAAAAGUCCACAUAAACCUCCAGUUAUACAUCUCAAGGACCUGGAUAAAUCAAGGAUUGAGAAUCAAUUGGAGGAUAUCUGGAGCGAUGAGUUGGACCAAGAGAUCAACAGCUAG